AUGACUUUGAUCUUAAGACGUGUGGAUGUGAAUAGUACUCCAGUAAAAGUAGAAGAAUAUUUUUUGCAGUAUCUGAAUGUGAAUAACACAUCUGGACAAGGAUUGUUUGAAGAGUUACAGAAUCUAUUAAAAGCUUUUGAUCUUGAUAUUGAUGAUGUGAGAGGGCAAGGAUAUGAUAAUGGAUCAAAUAUGAAAGGGAGACACCAAGAUUCUGAAAGAAAAUAUAAAAUGAAUGACUCUCAAAUCAUUGUUGGCCACACGAUGGGAAAGCCAUGUUUAUUGGCUGCUAUUAAUGAGGUUAGCAAAGACUUGCAAUCUAAAGACAUAUGUAUUAAUGUUGCUAUAGAACAAGUGCAGGGAUUGAUUGCUUAUUUUGAAAAGUAUAGAGAAACUGGGUUUGCAGAGGACAUGAUUAAUGCUAAAAAACUUGCUAUUGAAAUGGAAAUUGAUUCCGUGUUUCCGGAAAAGCGUCAAGUUCGUAGAAAGAGACACUUUGAUGAGAAAAGGUUGAAUUCGAUGGACAAUGAUAAAUUGAAAGAUUGUUGUGACCGCCUUCAAAACUUUCUCAAGAAAUGUGAGUUCUUUGAUGUUGAUGGGGAUGCAUUAUUUGUAGAGUUGAAGCUUUUACAAGAGCCUUUGCCGAAAGAAAUGAAGACAUCAAUUGACAUAUUGAACUAUUUGAAGAGGAUGCGCGACUGCAAGCACUGCGUACAGAAUUUGGUGACUGAAAGGUUAAAUGGACUUGCUUUGAUAUCGAUUGAAAGUGGUUUUUUACACAAAAUUGAUUAUGAAGGUUUAAUUGAUGAUUUUGCAGCAAAGAAUGCACGAAGAAGCAUCUUUAAGUGA